AUGGCAGGAGAAACAUUAGAUGUUGCAGCCAUAAUAGACAACAAAAGAAAAAGAGAGAAAGAAGAAAACAGGGCUGCACUACUCCCAGUAAUUGAAACAGUGAUUUUCUGUGGAGAAAACGAAUUACCUCUGCGAGGAGAUAGUGACAGUGGACCUUUAAGUUUGGAAAAACCAUUAAACAAAGAUGGAAAAUUCCGGGCAUUAAUAAGGCACAGGGCAAGUCAUGACGUUAACUUAUUUAAUCAUGUACUUAACUGCCCUACAAAUGCUUCAUAUUUAAGCCCAGAUAUUCAAAAUGAAGUUAUCGAGAUCUGUGGCCAGUUGGUUCAACAACAUGUUUUAUUAAAACUGAACCAAGCUGAAUGCUUCUCCAUUAUUGCAGAUGAAACCUUAGACAUUUCUGGCCAAGAACAGUUGUCGGUAUGUUUCAGGUAUGUCACAAAUGAGGAACAUGCAACAUUAAGAGAAGAUUUUAUAUCAUUUUUCCCUAUCACAGAUUUGUCUGCAGAUAACAUUGCAGACAAAAUUUUGAACAUUUGUAAUGACUUGGGAGUAGAUUUAGAAAAUAAACUGAUAGGCCAAGGCUACAACGGAGCAUCUACCAUGAGUGGAAUACAUAAAGGCGUCCAAGCAAGAAUUCAAGAAAAAUAUCCAAAAGCAAUGUAUACACACUGCUCAAGCCAUCAUCUAAAUUUGGUACUUUCUGAUACUCUGAGUGUGCCCAUUAUUAAUAAUGGUCUAGGCGUUUUAAAAGAAGUGACUCAGUUUUUCAGGCAUAAUGCCCAAGCAGGAAAUCAUCUGAAACAAAAUAUUAAACAAUUUUGUCCUGAAUCAAAAAAGUCAAGGCUUCUAAAACUGUGUGAAACAAGGUUUAUUGAACGGCAAGAUUCACUAAACUCCUUUGUUGAGCUGAUCCCAGCAAUACUCCCAACAUUAAAUGAGCUUGCAGAAUCAAACAGAUCUUUUUCUACAACGGCGUCAACACUGUUAUCAUCAAUGGAAAAGGGAUCUUUUAUUGUUUCAGUUUUGGUCUGUGAGUACAUUUUUAACCUCACUUUACCAUUGUCUGCCUACUUGCAGGAUCCCCAGAGAGAUCUCACAGCAGCAGUUAGGUUCUGUGACGACAUUGUAAGCCGGCUUAAAUUUAUUAGAGCUGGAUCAGAAAAUGAGACAGAAUUUCGGAAGAUUUUUGAAAAUGCAGAAAAUAUGGCUGAGUUUAUCCUUGGUAUCAAAAUAGAAGUUCCUAGACAAUCAAAAAUACAGACAAGAAGAGAUAACCCACCUCACAGUUCACCAGAAGAAUACUUCAGACGAACUGUUUUUGUGCCAGCAAUUGACAAUUUAAUUGCAAAUCUACAAAAUAGAUUUGACAAAAAUCGAGAGUUUCUGUGUGCCAUUGAGACAAUUUUACCUCAAAACUGCCUUCCUGAAAAUACCCUGUUGUUGGAUAAGUUAAAAUUAUAUUAUGAAGACAAAGUAUCAGAAUCAACUUUAAAAUCUGAAUACGUUUUGUGGUGUCAAAAAUGGAAUUCCAUUGACAAGGCAGAUCGACCCACAAAACUAAUUAACAUUUUAGAUUCUUGUAACAAAUCUUUCUACCCAACAAUCAGACAUUUAUUAUGUGUCCUAGCUGUGCUACCAGUAUCUACGUGUGAGGCUGAAAGAUCUUUUUUCCACAAUGAAGAGAGUAAAAACAUUUUUGAGAAAUAG